AUGGCUUCCCCUGACAAAGUCUUGAACAUUGGUGUGAUUGGUACUGGUAUUUUUGCCACCGGUACCCACUUGCCAAACUUGCAAAAGAUCCCCCAACAAUUCAAAGUCGUUGCCUGUUCCAACCGUACCAAAUCAAAGGCCGAAACCUUCGCCACCAAGGCUAACAUUUCUAGCGACAAGAUCUACGAAAGCUACGACGAUUUGAUCAACGAUAAAGAUGUCGAUGUCAUUGAUGCGUUACUCCCUGUCGAAAACAACGCCAUGAUCGUCGAAAAGGCCAUCAAGGCCGGUAAAGCCAUCGCCAUUGAAAAGCCUAUUGCCAACAACCUUGAGAAUGCCAAGAAACUCGUGCAAUUGGCCCAAAAUACCUCCGUCCCAGUGUUGGUGUUGGAGAACUGGCUUUAUCACACCGCCACCGAAGUCAUCAAGCCAAAGUUGAAAGAAAUCGGUACCAUCAUUGGUUUCAACUUCAAAUCCACCGGCCCAUUCUACGCCGAAAACAAAUAUUUGAAGACUUCUUGGAGAGCCAAGCCAAACCACAUUGGUGGGUACUUGUCCGACGGUGGGGUCCAUCAAUUGGCUUACUUGGUCGAAUUACUUGGGGAAGCUGAAACCAUUUCUGCUCACACCACCCAAGUCAGAGAGCAAUCAGGUACCGACGAUGUGUGGUUUUCCACUUUGAAAAUGAAGAGUGGUGCCAUCGGUACUUUCACUUAUGGUUCUGCUUUCGGGGCCGUUGACAAGUCCAGACAAUUUGUGAUUUACGGUGAUAAAGGUUCGGUAGUUUUUGACUUCUCACCAGCUAAUCCAAAACCAUUUGUUAAGUGCUCGUACGGCGUCACUGGCGAAAAUAUCAAAACUGAAACCAUUGAAAUCGAAGAAAAAGACAGUACUAAUGGUAUUGUGUCUGAGUUCAAGAACUUCCAUGAAGCUACCGUUUCCAAUGAUAAAUCUCUUUUGAAAUGUAAACCAACUAUUGCUUUCCAUCAUUUGGCUAUCGUUGAUGCCGCUUUGAAGAGUUCUGCUAAUGGUGGUAGCUCAGUCAAGGUAGAAUCAAUCUGA